AUGCACCAGAUUUACAGCUGCAGCGACGAAAAUUUAGAAGUCUUCACCACGGUGAUUUCAUCCCGAGCAUGUAGUCCUGCCCGAAGACGAGGCAAAUGCGCGCAGCACAUCCUAACAAAGAGCGUCGCAGCCGUGCCGGACCAUCGGCCCCACCAGGCAGAGAAGCCACGGCCCCAGCAGGGUGACCUCCUCCAGGUGCUCUACAGGGAAGAGGAGGUGCGAGGCUUGGGCCGCCUGCAGGGUGGGCAGCGGGGACCCUACCCCACCAAGGUGGGAAUUCCUGAACGAGAGUCAUUCCAAUCCUGUAAUCACCUCUUGGAUGGAAAAUCUUUCGGCCCUCCACCGCCGGCUGCCCACCGCACGGCGAGCGCGCCGGAGGCCACAGGCUUGCCCGUGGGCAACAGGGCUUCUGCAGAAGACCACAGGCAGUGCUGGAGAAAGACAUCAGAGUAUGACCUGACCCUGCCACCCGGAGCAGAAGCUUCCCUACCACUGACAGGAGGCAACCUGUAUGGGACACCCAGCCUCCUGAGGAAGAUGUGGAUGAAGCACAAGAAGAAGUCAGAGUACCUGGGGGCAACAAACAGUGCCUUUGAGUCGGACUGA